GCCGGCCGGGCUGUCAGAAAGAGUGGAUUCGCCGCGCUCCAGCACACUCGAGCGAGAAAAGCGCUUCUUCUCUCCCCGCGGCCUCCCCGACGUCCCUAAACACCUGCCCGUGCCUAUUCCCGCCCUUCUCAUUCGCUCCCGCUUCUUCCCUCUCGCAUCCGCCAAGCGGCGCCCUCGCUCUCGGCGCCUGGUGCUUGUGUCCAUAUAUAUUUCCAUUUCCUCUCGACCCAAGUCUCAGGUCACUUGGCUGCCACCUCCACAUCUCUUGUCCUCCCUUGUCCAUCUCUUGACAGUCUUAGGCCCAGCGUUGGCAAGGCUUGAGCAGCAAUGGCCAACAAGACGUCGGGCGGCAACAACGCCUUCCACAACUUCAACAACGACUUCGCUCACAUCGAGGACCCCAAUGAGCGUCGUCGCCUUGCCCUUGCUGAGAUCGACAAGGCGCCCUUCGGCUGGUACCAUAUCCGCGCCAUUCUCGUCGCCGGCACCGGCUUCUUCACCGACAGCUACGACAUCUUCUGCGUGUCGCUGCUGACUAUCAUGCUUGGCAUCGUCUAUCGCCACGACCACAGCGGCACCUUGAGCACGCCCCAGGACACGGCUAUCAAGCUCUCGACUUCGGCAGGAACCGUCAUCGGCCAGUUCGGCUUCGGCGCCCUUGCUGACAUUGUCGGCCGCAAGAAAAUGUAUGGACUCGAGUUGAUCCUCAUCAUCAUCGCCACGCUCGCCCAGUCCCUCAGUGGGCCUGGCCCCGGGACGAGCGUCGUUGGUUUAAUUAUCUUCUGGCGAGUUCUCAUGGGCAUCGGAAUUGGCGGUGAUUACCCACUGUCCAGCAUCAUCACCUCCGAGUUCGCUACUACCAAGUGGAGAGGCGCCAUGAUGGCUGCCGUCUUCUCUAUGCAGGGCCUCGGACAGCUCGGGGGCGCCCUCGUCAUGCUUAUUCUCACUGCCGGCUUCAAGGGCUCGCUGAAGCAGGGUAUUAAGCACACCACCAAUGGCGCUACCGUGUCAGCAUACGCUUCUUGCUCCGGCGACUGCCAGGUUGCCGUCGAUAAGAUGUGGAGGGCCUUGAUCGGCCUCGGCAUUGUCCCGGCGGCAAUUGCGCUGUACUACCGUCUGACCAUCCCGGAGACCCCUCGCUACACCUUCGAUGUCGCCCGCGACGUCGAGAAGGCCAACGAGGACGUCAAGGUCUACAUCUCCGGCAAGAAAGGAGAAGGCCAUCCUGAUGAGAUUACCGCCGCCAACGCCCGACGUGCUUCCGUCGCCCAGCUGGAGGUUCCCAAGGCCUCGUGGUCCGACUUCUUCCGCUUCUACGGCAAGCUCCGCAACGGCAAGAUCCUCUUCGGCACUGCCAUGUCCUGGCUGCUACUCGAUGUGGCCUUCUACGGUCUGGGCCUGAACUCGUCCACUGUUCUACAGGCCAUCGGGUACGGCGGUGGCAACGACGUCUACACGCAGCUCUACAACUUGGCUGCUGGUAACUGCAUUCUCGUCUGCGCCGGUGCUCUUCCGGGCUACUGGCUUGCGGUCGCCACGGUCGACUUCGUCGGCCGCCGUCCGCUGCAAAUCGCUGGCUUCAGCUUCCUCACUCUCCUGUUCAUCGUCUGGGGCUUCGCAUACCACCAUAUCAGCCCCCACGGCAUGCUGGGCAUCUACGUCCUCAUCCAGCUCUUCUUCAACUGGGGCCCAAACACCACGACCUUCAUUGUGCCCGGCGAGUGCUUCCCCACGCGCUACCGAUCUACGUCGCACGGCAUCUCCGCCGGCUCUGGCAAAAUCGGAUCCAUCAUCGCCCAGGGUGCCAUCGCGCCCCUGCGCACCCGCGGCGCCACCAAAGACAACGCCAACCCCUGGCUCAACCACGUCAUGCAGAUCUUCUCAGCUUUCAUGUUCGCGGGCGUCUUCACGUCGCUGCUGAUCCCGGAGACGAAGCGCCGCACGCUCGAAGAACUGGCUAACGACUGGGAUAUGGGCCGCGAGUCGAUAACCGGGGCGCCGAUGCACAGCAAGACGGAGGGCAGUGAGGAGGCCGUCGCGGAAGCGGAGCAGAAGUAAGGGAGGGAUGUGAGUGUAGCGUAGCUAGCUGUUUCUUCAAUCUUUCGAUCUGCCGUGAGGGAUGCUGCUUCUUCUCGCUUGUACUGUACUACUGCAUGGUCACCACAUACCCCUAGACGGAAAUUGUAAUCAUCCUCCAUCGCAUGACUUCACCCUCCCCGUUCCUCUCCUGCUUCUUGCGCCUUUAUCCACUUCAACCCCCCUGCCCCCUUUACAUCACCGACCCAACGAAGCCAAACUUAGUGCUUACCGCAUUCUAACUCCCGCUGUUCGUCGCACUUGACACCUUCUAGCUUAAGGAAGCCAUAGGGCAAAAACUCAGGAUUUUCGCAUCAGACCCCCUGAAGUAUUUUAACCGUAACUAAGCCUUCCGCAUUGGAGUAUCCCAAAGCUGCCCCGUGCCACGGACAUCUCCUAGCACACUCCACAGCAGAAGCCUAUUCGAGUUAGC